AUGUCCGACAAACUUCACCGGCUAGCGCUGCUGGUAUUUUUGUGUUCUUCGGCAGUGGCAGCCGGGCGGUUGAACUCUCCUGCGCUAGAGCUGGUGGAGAAUGCGCUCUUGACCACUGCAAAGGACGACUUCAAAGGCCAUGUGGGGGCGUUCGAGGCCGCCGCAACUUGGAACGGAGAGAGACUCCGUCACAGCCAAGAAGAAACGCGUGCGCCGCACUUGGCGUGUGCGCGGUACGGUGACGGACACGAGGCGUCCUCUCGGCUGAAGCAGUUCCUUUCGCCGGAAGCAGUGCGGGUUGUGUCCCACUCGGAAGACCACGGGGCUUGUUUCUUUGCAUCAGCUUCCCAUGCUCAAGCGGCCGCGAUAGUGGAGGACCAGGAGCAAUUCGGGCUGGAAAACUUCUCGCCUUUUCCAUCACCGUUGAAGCUCGCCCCCGGGCUGGUCGACCACACCGAAAGCCACGACGAAGCGGAAGAGGAAGCAAGAAGCAGCGGUCUGGAUAGACUGAGUGCGAGACAUGGCGCACGGAUGCGCAAGCCAAAUGUAGAAGGCUUGAGCGUGGAGCUCACGCCUGGCACAUUGGCCGCACGAUCUUCGGAGGCCAAGUCUUUCAUCAACCAUAUGCUUGGAGAUCUGAUGUCAGCAUCGGUAGACCUCCACUCGACCAACUUCUGGUCUGAUCCAGGUAUGGAUGGCGCGGGGGAACACCUUUCUUCUCCUGCAGGAGCUGUACGAGCGAGAGACUGGAGAAAAGCAGCCAGUGUCGUGCACGAGCUCAGCGAAGCAGCAAGUACCGGCCCUGGAGAUAUCUGCUCGUGGAACAGAAUUUUCGUGCACCACGCCGGAGACGAUUCGCUCCUGGUCUCAGGCCUGGACCACCUACUGUUUUCGGGAAGAGGAGCCGGAGGAAGCCACGAGGAAGAGUCGACCGAGUUGCAUGUGGCGUGCUUCAUGGGCCUUGUGUCCUUCCUCGCCGGCAGGCCGGAGGUCCUGAGAGUGUCUCCCAGGCCUACUAAGCGCGUGCUCAACGCAGCCGCCCGAGGUGUCAUCCAAAGCGCCUCGGCCACGGACACGCCACUAACGGACGCGGGCUUAGACGGAACGGGUGAAAUCAUCCAGGUAAUAGAUUCUGGCCUCGACGAGACAUCAUGCUACUUCAUAGACGACAGUGGCGAGGAGGUGGACCACGGGUACUACUUCGAUGAGCUGGGACGAGCAGCCGUGUAUAGCUCCUCGUACAGUUCAGACGAAACUGCCACCAUUUUCAACGGUGGCGAUUUUUCUUACUAUCCUGAAAGACGCAAGGCCGGACAUGGCACCCAUACUGCAGGAUCGGCCGCGGGGGCUACGCUCAACGACCCGGCGGAGACGAUCACGUGCAACGUAACGGACACGCUGAGCUGCGUGGGCGCCUGCAUUGACCUUUUGGAUGCCACGGAUGACUUGGUGUCUAUCUCGUCCCAAACCGAUGGUACAGAUCUCGACCGUCUUUGUCCGAUGUACGGGUGUGACAACUCGACUGAUACCACUUGUUUGAGCGACGAUGUGCCUGAGACCCUGUCGAAUAACGGAGGGAUGGCUCAGGGUGCAAAGCUGGCGAUCUUCGACGUGUUCUACGGCGGCUACGAUGCGUCCUCUAGCAUAGGGAACAAUCUAUGGGAAGUCUGCACGGAGGCCGGAUGCAAGCUGCAUUCCAACAGCCUAGGCGCUGAUUUCGAGUGUUCGAUUGCCUCCUGGGACAUCCUUAACGAUCAGUUCAUGUACGAAAAUGCGGAAAACCUCCUCAUCUUUGCGGCUGGUAACGAGGGCGGGAUUGAGCGCUCAACGUGCACGAUAAAUACCCCGGGCAUCGGGAAAAACUCCCUAGCGAUCGGGGCUUCGACAUCGGGCGACACCCGCGUCAUUUCCACGGUCGGGGCCACGGGCAUCGACACCGUGGCCGAAUUCAGUUCGUGGGGGUUCACAACCGAUGAUCGAAUUAAGCCGGAGGUCGUGGCUCCAGGAGACUCGGUUUAUUCUGCAGCCAGCGACGGCACGGACACACAUUCGUGUAGGCUUUGGGCGUACGAAGGAACCUCGAUGUCCUGCCCCAUUGUUGCGGGUGCCGCGGCUAUGAUAAGGCAAUACUUCGUGGAUGAGACCUUCUACACGGCGGACGUGACAGCCAGGGGCUUCUGUAGCGAUGGCUUCAUAUGCGAGGGCUUCUCGCCGUCGGCGGCAACGGUCAAAGCUCUGCUGAUCAACAGCGCAAACCUGAUGGGAGGAAGCAGUGAGCCCGAUGGCUUCCGCGGCUUCGGACGUGUACACCUGGAGGCAGGGAUGCCGCUGGAGGGAGAAGGAGACUUGGUUCUUUUCGUGGCAGACGCCCUCGACACAUCCAUCGCCGGGGGCACCCUCGAAGAAUACUUGUUCGACGUGGACGCCGACGCUGGCCUGGAUCUGCGUGCCACGUUGUCCUGGAUAGACCCUCCCGCCACGGCAACAUCGGCUGUUCAGUUAGUGCACAAUCUGGAUCUGGUCGUGGUGUCUCCAGACGGAACGACGUACCGCAUGUGGGGAUCUGAUACGACGGACAAUCGCAACGUGAACGAACGAGUGAUCGUGGACGCCACUGACGUGGUGACAGGCACCUGGACCGUGUGGGUUUGGGCAAACAACCUCGUAACCGACUCCCAGAGCUACUCACUGGUCGUCAACGGGGCCAUCAGCCCAGGUACAGGUGAGGGGGCGAGCGGAAGCUCCUCCUUCGAAGUUUCCUCGUCGGCCACUAGCGCCAGCUCGGAAGAUGGGACGGGAGCCGGGGUGACCGGCGGAUCGCUGGUCGCUGCCCCGGCCGCCGGGUUUUUAGCAGCGGUCGUCGGCGCUUGUGUUGCUGCCAUGGUUGCCGCCGGUGUCUUUGUGGCGUGA